AUGGAGGAAAGAGUAAAGCGAUAUAGAUCACUAGGGCACAUCGUCAAUUUUUUCACUACAGAAGAGAGGUGCUACCCUGCUUCUGUAAUAACUUUUACAAAAGAUGAGCUACGGGCAGUACACCUACCCCAUGAUGAUCCUUUGGUUAUCAAACUACAAGUACACCAUUGCCAGUUGGGGAGAGUUUUAGUCGACGAGGCCAGUGGCAUUGAUGUCCUCUUCUGGGAAGCCUUCCAGAAAAUGGGUCUCGAGGAAAAAGUGGACUUCCUGAUAGUAGACUCUAUCACAAGCUACAACGCAAUCAUGGGAGGAAAUUGGACCCACAGAAUGCAAGGCGUCGUCUCCACUUUGCACCAAGUUAUGCGAUGUCAAUCACCUAAUGGGCACUACACCAUUGACAUAAAAGGGUAUCAGAGGAAGGCAAAGAAGUGCUACUUGACCCUGAAGGAGAUAAACAAAAUUGACACUUCAACCCUUGGCAAUGAGCCCACCAAAUAA